AUGGUGGAGCUGCACCUGGAAGUGAUGGGGAAGCGGGACGGGGGGAGGCAGCUGCUGCUGUGUAUGAUCAUCGAGAAACGGCGCCGCGAUCGCAUCAACAACAGCCUGUCCGAGCUGAGGAGGCUGGUGCCCAGCGCCUUCGAGAAGCAGGGAUCAGCCAAGCUGGAAAAAGCAGAGAUCCUGCAGAUGACUGUCGAUCACCUGAAAAUGCUGCAUACGGCGGGAGGGAAAGGUUAUUUUGAUGCUCAUGCUCUGGCCAUGGAUUAUCGGAGUCUGGGGUUCCGGGAGUGCCUGGCUGAGGUGGCUCGAUACCUCAGCAUCAUAGAGGGUCUGGAUGCCUCCGACCCGCUGCGGGUCCGGCUCGUGUCUCACCUCAAUAACUACGCCUCUCAGCGGGAAGCAGCCAGCAGUGCACACACUGGCAUCGGACACAUUCCUUGGGGCAGUGCCUUUGGACAUCACCCUCACAUAUCUCACCCAUUGCUGCUGGCUCAAAACGGGCACGGUAAUGCCAGUAGUGCGGCAUCAUCCACAGAACCACAUCACCAGAACAGAAUUGCCGCCCCACAUGCUGAAACUUCCUCACUCAGAGUGCCCCCAAAUGGCAGCGUUGGACCAGUGCUCCCUGUGGUCACGUCUACUACCAAACUGUCUCCUCCUCUCCUCUCCUCCAUGGCAUCCCUGUCUGCAUUCCCUUUUUCGUUUGGCUCCUUCCAUCUGCUGUCCCCCAACAUGUUGAGCCCGUCUACACCAACGCAGUCAGCAGCCCUUGGCAAACCAUACAGACCCUGGGGGACUGAGAUUGGAGCCUUCUAAGAACUAACUCCUAGUAAGGGUGGGGAAGCCUACGAACCCAGCUGAGCUGGGUUUCACCACACUUAAAGUUCAAGUUCUUAAUAACUGGGACAAAGGUACAGCUUCACCUUAACUAAGUUUGUCUAAAAACUGUCUCUUUGGAUUUUUCUUUUUGUUUUCUACAUUUUUGUA